AUGGGGGACUGGAGCGUGCCCAUCGGCGCCCUGGGCGAGGAGGUGGUGGCCCGGCUGUGCGAGCUCCUGGAUAACGCGGGCCGGGGCUGGCGCAAGCUGGCUGAGCUGGCCGGGGCUGAGAAACGCUUCAAGUGCAGCGCGGAGGAGCUGGAGAUGUGCUCGCUGAAGGUGCUGGAGCCCCGCGGCAGCCCCACGCAGUGCCUGCUGCAGCUCCUGGCCGAGCGCGACUGCACCCUCAAGUACCUGCUGGGCUGCCUGGAGCAGAUGGGGCACACAAAGGCCUGCCGGGUCCUCAGCGCUGCCGUCCAGGACAUGAUCCGCAUCACGGUGCAGCCGGAGUCACAGGUGGUGGCAGAGGGGACACGAGUGUCCCUGACCUGCUGUGCCACCGGCCCGCCGGGGCUCAUGUACCAGUGGUUCUGUGGGAAACGGGAGGUGCCUGGAGCCACGUCCCCGGAGCUGGUGAUCGACACGGCCGCCCCGCCGGGCCAGCCCGAGUGGUACAUCUGCCGGGUGAACUGUGGGGCCACCUUCGCCUUCUCCAGGUGGGCCCACGUCCAGGUGGAGAAGAGCAGCAGCCCCAGCUCAGCCAGUGGCUACUGCCCGAGCAUGGCAGGGCUGCAGAUCCUGCGGCAGCCACGGCCGUGCCGCCUGGCCGAGGGGGACACGCUGGCGCUGGAGUGCAGAGCCAUCGGCAACCCCCCGCCCCAGUACCAGUGGUUCAGGAACAGACGUCCUGUGGAGGGGGCUCAGGCACCUCAGCUCCAGGUGAAGCUGGUGACAACGGCCGAGCGGGGCAGCUACUGCUGCCGAGUGUUCAACCUGUUCCAUGAGGUGUGGAGCCAGGAGGUAGAUGUGGAGAUCGGCCCACGGCUCUUCACCUCUGGAGGCUCCUGGCAGGAAGGGGAUGGAGGCUCCCCAGAGUGUGGCAAUCCCGGCCAGUUGUAUGCCACGGACAAAGUGGCGCUGCUGAUCGGCAACAUGCACUACCUGCACCACAAGCAGCUGCAGGCGCCCAUGGUGGACGUUCAUGCCCUCAGUGCCCUCCUCCGCCAGCUCGACUUCAAGGUGGUCUCGCUGCUGGACCUGUGCAAGGCUGAGAUGCAGAUGGCUGUCAACGAGUUCCUCCUCCUCCUCGACAAGGGCGUCUACGGUUUGCUCUACUACGCCGGGCACGGCUAUGAAAAUUUUGGCAACAGCUUCAUGGUGCCCAUCGACGCGCCCAGCGCCUACACGUCGGCGCACUGCCUGUGCGUGCAGCGGGUGCUGCGGGCGAUGCAGGAGCGCCACACCGGCCUCAACACCUUCCUGCUCGACAUGUGCCGCAAGAGGAACCUCAACGACGAUGUCAUCCCGCAGGUCGGGGCGCUGGAGGUCACGGCCAAUAUCGUCUUUGGCUAUGCCACGUGUGCGGAUGCCGAAGCCUAUGAGCUGAGCCAGGGCGAGCUCUCCAACGGCAUCUUCGUCACCUUCCUCAAGCGCUGGCUGCUGGAGGACGAGAAGAUCACGGUGCUGCUGGACAAGGUGGCCGAGGACAUGGGCACGCUGGAGAUCACGCGGGGCCGGCAGGCGCUGGAGCUUCGCAGCAACCUCUCGGAGAGACGAGCUCUGACGGACCCCAUCCGCCCCCCGGGCCGGGACGAGACCUCUGCCAGGAACCUGCAGUGGGCCAAGGCUCAUGUGCUGCCGGAGAGCCGCCACCUCCGCUUCGACUGCGGCGUCACCGUCCAGCUGGGCUUCGCCGCCGAGUUCUCCAACAUCAUGAUCAUCUACACGCGGGUGGUGGCCGCCCCCACGGACAUCACCAAGUGCGAGGCCAGGCUCACUGACAUCCCUGAGGAGCUGGACGUGGACCUCAAGUGCACCAACAAGGAGAGCCCGGAGGAGGUGGGCAGCCCCCUGGCACCUGUCUGGAGCCUCGGCUGCCCCUCCUGCUGCCUCUACAGCCGGAUCUGUGGCUUGCAGAAGCUGCGGCAGGAGCUGGCCUUCACCGGCACCGUGCCCAACUCCAGCAUGCGGCAGCCGUUCAUCUUAUCUCUUUACUCACGAUACAACCGUCCUCCUGGUGCCGGCGCAUCGCCCGGCACGAUCGGCGCCGUGCCCCGAUGCAGCUAA